AAAACAGUAAUUUUCUUCCUAUAUGAAGACCCUCGCCGUUCAUGUAAUUCUCGCACGGUUUCAUAUAUCUCUCGUCUUUUUAAACCCUAAUCUAUCGUCCGUUAGGUUUACGCCCUGCGCCGCUGUAGUUUCUGCCGGCGUUUAGUACUUUUAAUUUCAUCCGCCUUUUUCUUCUCGUCCCCUUCUCAGAUCUAUCGAGGCCGGGCCGGCGUGGGGAUAUCCGGUUUAUUUAAGAGAGGUCUAAGCUUUUUCUCUCUUGAUUCUUCCCCCUUCUGCUACUUUUGGGGGGGUGGCCGGGGCUCCGGCCUCGGCGGCUUACAAAGCCCCCUUCACUACACCAAGAUCUGAUAAUCCUUGUAUAUAUAUAUUUUUCAUUUUUUUAAUUUUUUUUACCCGGGAGAGAUGCCGGCCUUGGCCUGCGUGGAUGGUGCAGUUACUCAUCCUGUUUACGGUUUUACGUGGGAUGGCUCUCUUCACGUUCCGGGAGCAUUUCCCGGUAGCAUUACGGCGACGGCUACCAUCCCCAACUCCCUCGAACGCCCUGUCACAUGGUCCACCGACCAUUCUGCCGCCCUCUACAAAAUCGACGUCUGGGGCGCCCCUUACUUCACCGUCAAUGACGCCGGCAAUAUGUCCGUACGUCCCUUCGGUUCUGCAACCCUACCUCACCAGGAGAUUGAUUUGAUGAAGGUUGUUAAAAAAGCAUCUGAUCCGAAAUCCUUGGGUGGCCUCGGCCUGCAGCUUCCUGUCAUUGUGCGACUCCCCGACGUCCUCAAGAACCGCCUCGAAUCCCUGCAUUCCGCCUUCCACUUCGCCAUUGAAUCCAACGGCUACGAUUCUCACUACCAGGGAGUCUACCCUGUCAAAUGUAAUCAGGACCGCUACAUCGUUCAGGAUAUCGUGGAGUUCGGCUCUACUUUCCGUUUUGGUCUGGAGGCCGGUUCCAAAGCCGAGCUCCUUCUUUCCAUGAGUUAUCUUAUCAGAGGCAGCCCAGAUGCGCUUCUCAUUUGCAACGGCUACAAGGAUGAGGAGUACGUAUCUCUUGCUCUCAUGGGAAGGAGUCUUGCUAUCAACACAGUGAUCGUCCUUGAGCAGGAGGAAGAGCUUGACACGGUGGUGAAAACCAGCCGCAAGUUCGGCGUACGACCGGUUAUCGGUCUCAGGGCAAAGCUCAGAACUAAACAUUCCGGACACUUUGGCUCAACCUCCGGCGAGAAUGGAAAAUUUGGUCUGACUACCUCUCAGAUCCUCUCUGUCGCAAGAAAACUUCAGAAGCUGGAGAUGCUGGACUGCCUCCAACUCCUACAUUUCCACAUUGGCUCCCAGAUUCCGUCCACCGCCUUGCUUGCUGAUGGCGUUGGAGAGGCAGCUCAGAUCUACUGUGAGCUCGCCAAGCUUGGUGCUGCAAUGAAUGUGAUCGACAUUGGGGGCGGCCUCGGCAUCGACUAUGAUGGAUCCCAUUCCAGCUGCUCGGACAUGUCCGUGGGCUAUGGGCUGGACGAGUACGCCUCCACCGUGGUUCGUGCUAUCCAGUAUGCCUGCAACCAGAAGCAAGUGCGCCAUCCUGUUAUCUGUAGCGAGAGCGGCCGUGCUCUCGUCUCCCACCACUCCGUCCUGAUUUUCGAAGCGGUUUCCACCAGCGCUGUUGUUCCAGAAUCUAUCAAACAGAACCUUGCCUACCUUCUCGACGCCCUCGAAGACGAAGCCCGGGUAGACCACCGCAAUCUAAUGGCCUCCGCUGUGCUGGGGGAGUACGAAACGUACAUAAUUUACGCAGACCAGCUGAAGCGGCGAUGCGUGGAACAGUUCAAGGACGGGAUGCUCGGCCUCGAACACCUCGCGGCAGUGGACCUACUAUGCGAUCUGGUUGCCAGGGAGAUUGGCGCCUCGGAUCCUGUGCGUACUUACCACGUGAACCUCUCGAUCUUUUCAUCAAUUCCGGAUUUCUGGGCGAUUGGGCAACUCUUCCCAAUAGUCCCAAUCCACCGCCUUGACCAGCGGCCAGUCGUGAAUGGCGUGCUCUCUGACCUCACCUGCGAUAGCGACGGGAAGGUAAACAAAUUCAUCGGCGGCAGUGGGAGUCUCCCCUUGCACGAAAUUCCUGUCGCCGGCAGCGGGGGAUACUACCUUGGCAUGUUUCUUGGCGGGGCUUACCAGGAGGCGCUCGGUGGACUGCACAACCUAUUCGGAGGGCCAAGCGUUGUGCGCGUGUCGCAGAGCAAUGGGCCCCAUUGCUUCGCGGUGACGCAGGCGGUGCCGGGCUCCUCCUGCGCCGACGUCCUUCGAGCGAUGCAGCACCAGCCUGAGCUCAUGUUCGAGGCGCUCAAGCGCCGCGCCGAGGAAUACGCUCGUGGCGACGGGGACGCCAUCAUGUGCAGUCUGGCGCGCGCUUUCCACUCCAUGCCUUACCUUGUCUACGACGCCAUGGACUCGGAGCACGAUAGCGCUGCGUUGGCCGGCAGCUAUGAUGAUGAUGUGGAGUGGGAGUUCAUGCGGUGCCUGAGCUUUUGAGUGGCUGAUUGCUAAAGGAGGGGGAGAUGGGAAGGUAAAGGCUGUCGUUAAUUUGCCGUCCUGUUUUAUUUUUCUUAUGCAAAUUAUGUGUUUGCUAUCGCCGUCGAAGUAUUUUAGCCUUCAACUUUGUUUCACGUUAUCUUGGAAAAUUCGAGAGUCGUUGCUUAUAUAUUUGUAGUUUGAAGAGAUAGCAGGGAUCUCUUCUGAGUUAUCUUUUUCUUCUGUUAUAAAUCAUGGUGGAUCCUGUAGGACCGCCUUUGUAAUUUGCUAAACGUUGUUUUUUUUUGGA